GUUAUAACUUGCCUGUGUGAGCGUCACCACCACAGCUUCCCCUCCUCCAUAUCGUCAGCAAUACUGCUGCUGCUGCUUCUAACACCCCUACGUCGCACCAGCAACACUGCUACUGCUGCUACGUCGCACCAAUAACACUUCUACUGCUGCUACUAUACAUCUACGUCGCACCAACAACACUGUUACUACUACUGCUACACUUCUACGGCGUCCUCUUCUCCCACCAUACAACCUUGCAUUAAAUAAUAUGUAUCUUUAUUUUAGAAAUCUAUUGCUCUAAACUCAGACAUAAAUAAACCUGGUAAAAAUGAGCAACAGUAUCAGUGCUUUUUAAUUUGUACUUGUGAGUUAGAGUGGACACUUCCUGGGCCAGUUAUGCACCACUCGCAGUGACCAUUACUGGCAGUGACUGUUAGUGUCAGUGCCACUACUGCCAGUGCGUGUGGUUUAAUGUGAACGCUGUCAGAAUAUAUAUACCUGGAGUAUACCUGGAGAGGGUUUCGGGGGUCAACGCCCCCGCAUGAGUGUACAGUUAAGUAGGUGGUGACGGUGGGCGUCAAGGAGCAGCAUCAGGUGGACGUUGACCUGUCUGGGAGCAUCAUCAGGUGAAGGUUGACCUGUCAAGGAGGUCAAGCAGGAUGUUGACGGAUCACCUACAUUCAGUGAUCCAGGCGGUAGCGCAGACGGUAGCGCAGCAGUACGCUAGGUGGAGUGUACACUCCUGCGACACUGACGAAGAUGAGGCUCAGGAACCCAAGCAGGCACUGGAAAAAUUCAUUCAGAUGCUGAAAACUGACUUGCAGCGUGAAAGAAGAGGGAAACAAGGUGUUGAAAACUUGGCAAAGGCUCUGCAAGAAACUCCUACUUUUGGAGGGGAAGAAUCUCAGCAGGAUGUGAAUGAUAAACUGCAACACGAUGCCUACAACAGACUGCAACAUAUGAAGGCAAUGCUGGCCUACCUGGAGGCUGCACGAUACAAGGUGCAGAGCUCACUAGAUGAGCUCAGUAACCGACCCAAGAUGACACACCCACUUGCUAAACACAUUGAAGUUCAUCGUGACAAACAAGGUCUUGCCUUCUCCAUUUUGAAGGUUCCACCAUGGGUACGAGGUAACAGCGUGGAUGUGUCUCCUGCCAGUGAUUCUCCAACAGGCUCUCCCAACUGGAAUGACAGAGGCACUGCUGAUGGAACCUCAGUACAACCAGAUUCAGACUUUGAUGAGUUCAGCUCCCAGGGUUCAGACCGAGACUACCAAACAACUAUGACAGAAGAUAAUGUGGACUCAGGCACUAAAGAUGGUGUCUACUAUGCUCAUCCCUUAGCUUCAGCACCAUCAGUAGGCAGGUGCAAGGCUCUCUAUGAUUAUGAAGCCAACAUGUAUGAUGAGCUCACCAUCAGAACAGGUGAUAUCAUAAACAUCCAUGAGAAGCAGCCCGAUGGUUGGUGGGUGGGAGAGCUGGAGAGUGUAGUCGGUAUCUUCCCCGCCACUUAUGUUGAGGAGAUAGACUGAUAUCAGCCAUGCCCGGAGUGCCCAUCCCUUGUCACCAAGAAUGUCCAGUGUCUCCAUAAAACCCCUGCUUGGGAGGAGAGUUUUGCCUAAUUUAGUAUUAUACUUUAAUAUGUCCCGGCGUUAUGUCUACAGUAUUUACUGAUACAAAAGAAACCUGGCUGUAUCAAAACCUCCAAAAUUAAAAAAUAUUGGCACUUUUAUUUAUUAGCAUAAUAUUCUUAAAACUAACAUUAAAGAUUUAAAAAAAUGGAAAGCAUUUAUCAGAUAAUUAUGUAAAAAAAAUAUAAACUAUGUGUAAGUGAUAAGUUUUUAGGAAGUCAGCAAGGCAGGUAAUGAACAUAACCCCGAAUAACAGUGGCAUAUCAAGAGUGAUGCUUUAUUGAGCUCAUGUGAUUUUGCAAUGUCAAAGUCAUGUCUGAUUAAUCUGCAUAGAAAAGCUGCACUCCGUGGCAAUAUACAAAUUUCUGAAAAGAAAUUGUGCAACUGCAUUUUGAACAUUAGCUGUUGAAAUAUAAUAAUAAAUGUUCAUACACAAAUCUAUACAUGAAUUUCACUAAAAUGCAUUUUGCUCAUAAAGAAGGAACUUUAGAAUGACUAAGUUAUGCGGCUGUGCCUAUUUGGACAGAAUAGGUGAAUGCAUAUACACAGUCUAUAAAUUGUUUUACUACUGUAUUUAAUUUUCCACAUUUGAGUGCCAUUGUGAUAGAGUACAUUGUGUAAUUAUUUUGAGUCUUACUGUGUGAAAGUUGUGUAUAUAUAUCAUGUAAAGUCUUCCCAGUUUUCUAUAUAUUUGGUACAGUAUACUAUUGCUUUGACACUUUAUGAAGUCAAUUGAACUCUAGAAAAAAUCUAGAUUUCUUAAGGGGUAGAUGUAUUAAAUGGUAAUGCGGUUUAUAAAUACUGUUAUGUAUAUUAAUCAUUUUAAAAUGCAUUACUAUUUAGUUCUAAUUAUGACAAAUUAAAAGCAAUUUUCUAAAAACUAGGAUUCAUUUUAUAUGAAUUAUAAUUGCAUAAUUUUUGGGGGAUGGGCUAUUAUAAAAUUUGUAAAUAUCCACCCUUGCUUGUUUAGGGACAUAACCUACAAUGUAGUCAUUAAAGACACUACCUCUUUUGAGGUGCUCUCUUAGCCUUCCUUGACUAUCACAUCUGAUGAUAAACUCAUCCCCAUCCCUCCCAAGCUUGUCACUGAAUGUAUGUGGUGAAUGAUUUACACUUAUUAAUAUUAAUUACUGUUUAGUGAAGGUAUCUUUCUUUCCCCACAUUUUGCAAGAAUCUGAUCUUUAUAGAACUGUAAACUUGACAUCCCUGAUUUGACUAAGUUCAAUUUUAUAUACUUAUAUAUUUUGUGUACAUUGCUGUAUAUGGCUGUAAGUUGAAUCUAAUGUAUAUAGUUUAUAAUUCACAAUUUGUUUGAUACACAGUUCUUUGUUCUCAUAGUCUGUGUACUGUACUAGGAAUCUAUAUUUGACAUUAAAAUGCAGUAUUAUUUCACCUAUUUUGGUUCAUUACCUAAUGCAUUAUGAUGUAUGGUAAUUUAAUCUAUAAUAUGGACUGAGAUUAUAUAAUCCUUGAAAGGAAUUUUGAGAAUCCAAAUAAACAAAAAUAAGAUCUUGAAAACUGCUUAAAUUUUGUAAUACAUUUAUGCAAAAUUUUAUUUCUUACACAAGAUGUAAAUAACAAGCAUAAGCACAUGGUGGUCCUUUACAUAUAACUAUACUGUACAAGUGCCAUGCUUCUGGUCAGUAAAUAUCAUUCAAACAUGUGUUAGGGUGCAAAGAUGUAUUCCAAUUUGUACUAGCACUAAAUAGUGCAAAUAUAUUCCUAAGAGUAAUGAUUUGCUAUAACUUGAGCCUGUUACACUUCAGGGGAUGUGCUAAGGGGCUCUUGAUACAAGGAGCUGGACUUAUCCUUCCCUUCUCCAGGCACUAUAUGAUCCUUAUGGGUUUAAUACCAAUUUAACCUUAAUUCUGUUCACAAUAUUAUGCUACAAACAAAAAAUCUAAGGUAUGGGUAAAGUCUUUGCAAUAGCAUGUGCUUGUUAGGUAAAUGGACUUGAUAUAAUUAAUGUAUCCCUAUAAAACAAAAUUAGGAAAUCUUAAUACAAUGUUAUCAGGGGACAACUGUGUGCAUGUGUGCCUAUGUGCUAGUGUUGGAAAUAAAUUUCUGCAUGGAAA